AUGUCUGUUGCUAUCAGAAAGAGAAGCUGGGAAGAACAUGUGACCCAAUGGAUGGGACAGCCUUUUAAUUCUGAUGAUUAUAACACAGCAUGUCAUCAUGGACUAGGAGCUGACAGCUUGCAGGCAAGUAUGGAAAAAGAUGCAACUUUAAAUGUGGACCGCAAAGAAAAGUGUGCUUCACUACCAGACUGCUGUCCUGGAUCAGAGCUGAGAGAUUUUCCUGGGAGGCCAAUGGGUCACAUUUCAAAAAAGGUGGAUGAAAAUGACAGCCAAGAAGGUGAAGAUCAGUUUCUUUCUCUGGAGGCCAGCACGGAAACGCUAGUGCACGUUUCUGAUGAGGAUACCGAUUCCGAUCUGUAUCUUCCAGAUGAUAAACAGAUUUUAAUUACCCAAGAGCGUAAAACAUCAGACCAACAUAGUGUCACAGGAGCGGGCUCCUUGGUAAAGACACUGCCCAUCAUGGAAAGUAACCAAGAUUCUUAUAACUCCUGGGGAAUGGCUGCUGGAGCUGAUUUAGUGCUGGUAGAAGAAAGGGGGGAGAGAAAGGUUGUCGACAUUAUAAGCAAAAGCCUGGAGCUUUGUAAUGAUAUAAGCUUAAGUGAAAUAAAAGAGGCAUCCAAAAUCAAUGCAUGCGAUUCUUUGAAUGUGAAAGAUAUUGUGCCUGAGAAGCAAUUGCUUAAUUCUGCUGUAAUUGCUCAGCAACGAAGGAAACCCGACUUCCCUAAAGAUGGACAUGAAAGAAACACCUGCAGUCUAGUCCAAGAUGAGUUCUUGGCUAUUCCUUGUACAGACAGAGGACUGCCAUUAUUGAAAGCAGAUUCUGGAAGCUGCCUUCUGCAGCCUCCUUCCUGCCCUAGGGGAAUGUCAGCUGAAAAUGACCUGGAGAAGAGUGGUUUCUCAGAACAUCAAAACAAAAGUCUUCCAAGGGUCAACUCAGGAGAUGGUAUGCAGUGUUUACACUUAAAGGAGACUCUGGCCACCCAGGAACCCACAGAUAACCAAGUCAGACUUCGCAAAAGAAAGGAAAUAAGAGAAGAUCGAGAUAGGGCGCGGCUAGACUCCAUGGUGCUGCUAAUUAUGAAACUGGAACAGCUUGACCAGGACAUAGAGAACGCUCUCAGCACCAGCUCCUCUCCGUCCAGCACACCGACGAACCUGCGGCGGCACGUUCCUGAUCUGGAGUCAGGAUCUGAGAGUGGAGCAGAUACCAUUUCAGUAAAUCAGACACAAAUAAAUUUGUCUUCUAACACUGAGUCCACUGACCUACCCUCUUCCACCCCAGUAGCCAAUUCUGGAACCAAACCCAAGUCUACGACUGUUCCAGGUAUUUCAGAGAAGGAAAAGGCUGAAAUUGAAGCCAAAGAAGCUUGUGAUUGGCUACGGGCAACAGGUUUCCCCCAAUAUGCACAGCUUUAUGAAGAUCUCCUGUUCCCCAUUGAUAUUUCCUUGGUCAAGAAGGAGCAUGAUUUUUUAGACAGAGAUGCCAUUGAGGCUUUAUGCAGGCGUCUAAACACUUUAAAUAAAUGUGCGAUGAUGAAGCUGGAAAUUAGUCCUCAUCGGAAAAGAAGUGAGGAUUCCGACGAGGACGAGCCUUGUGCAAUAAGUGGCAAAUGGACUUUCCAGAGGGACAGCAAGAGGUGGUCCCGGCUUGAAGAGUUCGAUGUCUUUUUUCCAAAGCAGGACCCAGUCCCUGGGUCCCCAGACGAUCCCCACCUGAAGAACGCGGCGAGCCACGAAAGCAUGCUGACGGACCUCAGCGAGCGCCAGGAGGUGGCUUCCGUCCGCAGCCUCAGCAGCACCAGCAGCCUCCCCACCCAUGCGCCCCACAGCGGGGACGCUGCCACACCCCGGACUAACUCCGUCCUUAGCGUCUGCUCCUCCGGCAACUUGGUAGGCAACGACGACUCUUUCUGCAGCUUGCCCUCUCCCAAGGAAGUGUCCACCUUCAGCUUUAGCAUGAAAGGCCACGAGAAGAACACCAAGUCCAAGACGCACAGUCUGCUGAAACGCAUGGAGAGCCUAAGGCUCAAAGGCUCCCACCACAGCAAGCACAAGGCACCGUCCAAGCUGGGGCUGCUCAUCAGCGGGCCCGUCCUUCAAGAGGGAAUGGACGAGGAGAAGCUAAAGCGGCUGAACUGCGUGGAGAUCUCCGCCCUCAACGGCAACCACAUCAACGUCCCCAUGGUACGAAAGAGGAGCGUCUCCAACUCCACGCAGACCAGCAGUAGCAGCAGCCAGUCUGAGACCAGCAGCGCUGUCAGCACGCCCAGUCCCGUCACCAGGACGCGGAGCCUCAGUGCCUGCAACAAGCGGGUAGGCAUGUACCUGGAGGGCUUUGAUCCGUUCAAUCAGUCGACGUUCAACAACGUUAUGGAACAGAACUUUAAAAACCGCGAGAGCUACCCGGAGGACACAGUGUUCUACAUCCCAGAAGAUCACAAGCCUGGCACUUUCCCCAAGGCCCUCUCCAAUGGCAGUUUCUCUCCCUCAGGGAAUAACAGCUCUGUGAACUGGAGGACUGGAAGCUUCCAUGGCCCCGGCCAUAUCAGUCUGAGGAGGGAAAACAGCAGCGACAGCCCCAAGGAACUUAAGAGACGCAAUUCCUCCAGCUCCAUGAGCAGCCGCCUGAGUAUCUACGACAACGUGCCAGGCUCCGUCCUCUAUUCCAGUUCAGGUGAUCUGGCUGACCUGGAGAACGAGGACAUCUUCCCCGAGCUAGACGACAUCCUCUACCACGUGAAGGGGAUGCAGAGGAUAGUCAACCAGUGGUCCGAGAAGUUUUCAGACGAGGGAGACUCUGACUCAGCCCUGGACUCAGUCUCUCCGUGCCCAUCCUCUCCCAAACAGAUACACCUGGAUGUGGACAAUGACCGAGCCACACCCAGUGACCUGGACAGCACAGGCAACUCACUAAAUGAACCUGAAGAACCUGCCGACAUCCCAGAAAGGAGGGAUUCUGGGGUUGGGGCCUCCCUGACAAGGUCCAAUAGGCACAGACUGAGAUGGCACAGCUUCCAGAGCUCUCAUCGGCCAAGCCUGAACUCUGUAUCACUGCAGAUUAACUGCCAAUCCGUGGCCCAGAUGAACCUGCUGCAGAAAUACUCACUCCUGAAGCUAACUGCCCUGCUGGAGAAAUAUACGCCUUCUAAUAAGCAUGGUUUUAGCUGGGCUGUGCCCAAGUUCAUGAAAAGGAUCAAGGUUCCAGACUACAAGGACCGGAAUGUGUUUGGGGUCCCUCUGACGAUCAACGUGCAGCGCACAGGACAGCCCCUGCCCCAGAGCAUUCAGCAAGCCAUGCGCUACCUCCGCAACCAUUGUUUGGAUCAGGUGGGGCUCUUCAGAAAAUCGGGUGUCAAAUCCCGGAUUCAGGCUCUGCGCCAGAUGAAUGAAAGUGGCAUAGACUGUGUCAACUAUGAGGGACAGUCCGCGUAUGACGUGGCAGACAUGCUGAAGCAGUAUUUUCGAGAUCUUCCUGAGCCACUAAUGACGAACAAACUCUCGGAAACCUUUCUACAGAUCUACCAAUAUGUGCCCAAGGACCAGCGCCUCCAGGCCAUCAAGGCUGCCAUUAUGCUCCUGCCUGAUGAGAACCGGGAGGUUCUACAGACGCUCCUUUAUUUCUUGAGCGAUGUCACAGCAGCUGUAAAAGAAAACCAGAUGACUCCCACCAACCUGGCUGUGUGCUUGGCGCCUUCUCUCUUCCACCUCAACACCCUGAAGAGAGAAAAUUCUUCUCCAAGGGUAAUGCAGAGAAAACAAAGUUUGGGCAAACCAGAUCAGAAAGAUUUGAAUGAAAACCUCGCUGCCACUCAAGGGCUGGCCCACAUGAUUGCUGAGUGCAAGAAGCUUUUCCAGGUUCCUGAGGAAAUGAGCCGAUGUCGAAAUUCCUACACCGAACAAGAGCUGAAGCCUCUCACUCUGGAAGCGUUGGGACGUCUUUGUAAUGACGACUCGGCUGACUACCAACACUUCCUCCAGGACUGUGUGGACAGCCUGUUUAAAGAGGUCAAAGAGAAGUUUAAAGGCUGGGUCAGCUACUCUACGUCUGAGCAGGCUGAGCUGUCCUAUAAGAAGGUGAGUGAAGGACCCCCUCUAAGGCUCUGGAGGUCAACCAUCGAGGUCCCUGCCAUGCCUGAGGAAAUCUUAAAGCGCCUACUUAAAGAGCAGCACCUUUGGGAUGUAGACUUGUUGGAUUCAAAAGUGAUUGAAAUCCUGGACAGCCAAACUGAAAUUUAUCAGUAUGUCCAAAACAGCAUGGCACCCCAUCCUGCUCGGGACUACGUGGUUUUGAGGACAUGGAGGACCAAUUUACCCAAGGGGGCGUGUGCCCUUUUACUCACAUCCGUGGAUCAUGACCGGGCGCCUGUGGUGGGAGUGAGGGUCAAUGUGCUUCUGUCCAGGUAUCUGAUUGAACCCUGCGGGUCCGGGAAAUCCAAACUCACCUACAUGUGCAGAGCUGACUUAAGGGGCCACAUGCCAGAGUGGUACACAAAAUCUUUUGGACAUCUGUGUGCGGCUGAAGUUGUGAAGAUCCGAGACUCUUUCUGUAAUCAGAACACUGAAACCAAAGACAACAAAUCUAGGUGAUUCUUGAAGCAAAGCAACUGUGUCCACCAUCUGGGCGUUUGGUUCCAGAACCCUCGCCGAUCCUUGGAAGAUUGGGUUUUGCGUCUAAUCCUGAAACAAAGAAAACUACAAGUUGGAGUGUAGGCAUUGACUAGAGUGAUAUGAUACAUUUUUAAAGCUGCUUCCUGUUUGUUUAAGGUCUGUAUUAUAGACCUUGACUGGAAUAUAUAAGACUGUGCAAAAAAAUGUAUUCUUAUUCAAAUUGCUUCUGAGAAGCAAAACUCUAUAUAUACGUUACGGAAGAUAAUGAAGAUACUUCAUUCUGUUGUGAUUUUGGUGUAUGUGUACCUACGUCAUUUUAUUUGCAGUGUGAUGAGGGACUGGUGUACCCACUGGAAUAGUUGGUUCUCUUUGAUAUGUUUUCUCACUGAGAUGAGCAAAGAAAGGUUUGCACAGAGGAGUGUGUGUAUGUGUGUUUGUUGCUGGUUGAAUGGCACAGAAGUAUAAGUAAGUUGGAAUGCAGUGUCUGGCACACUGAGACGCCUCCAAGAAGGAUAUUGAUGCAUCGAGUUCAGUUUAACCUGGAAUAUCUGACUACCCAUGGGUCCAUCCAGAAAGGAAACCCUUGUCCAUUUUUUUUUUCUGAGUUUUUAGACAUAUUCUCCACCAACCUCUUCUUUACCUUAAAAGUAAUUGUAGUAAAUUUACUCUGAUAUCCCAUUUCAAACACAGCUUGUCUCUCAACCUAGUUGCAAACAGUGAUGUAAUUUUUAACCAAUAGAGAUUAGUUCAGGGAUGAAAACCCUCCCUUACCAGCUCCAAAGCACCGUUUUUUGUGGGUUUUUUGCUGAGGAAGAUUCGCCUUGAGUUAACAUCUGUGCCAGUCAGUCUUCCUUUAUUUUGUAUGUGGCUUGCUGCCACAGCAUGGCUGCCAAUAAGUGGUGUAGGUCUGUGCCCAGGAACCGCACCUGGGCUGCUGAAGUGGAGCAUGGACCACACCAAACUUAACCACUAGGCCAUGGGGCUGGCCCCUUGUUUUGUUUUUUUUUUAAAGCUGAGAUGUAAACAAUGAACAGUAACAUUUACUCCUGAAUCAAGCAUCAAAACUUUGACCUUUCCAAAAUCUUUGCGUUGUCAUGUUUAUAACAGAAACUUUUAAAGACACUACGGUUAGGAACAUAGGAAGCUAUGUAUGUCCCAAGGAAAUCCCUGUAAAUUUAACCCAACCACAAAAGUUGUUGUUACUAACAGGAUUUAUGAAAGCUGCACGUGUUUAUUAAUUGGGUUUGGGCUUAUCAGCAAAUAGGUUUUCUGGCUUAUUUUUUUUGCUUUGUUUUUCCUGCAUUUUUUCUUUUUCUUUAUGGUACCCUUGGAAUAUAUUUUAGUAGUAAUGGAAAAUAGUAAUCAUAGUAAAAAAUUUUAAAAAACCCAGUGCAGAUUUUUGGAAGGGUGGUCUUUAUACAGGUUUUACUGUAAUGGUAAAGAUUGACUCAAGAGACAGUAUUAGUGAAUUUAUUUUAUAUGGAUCAAAAGUGAAUAAUGUAUGAAUGAGAGUUGUUAAGAAGGAUUUUUAUUUUGUUAUAAUUUAGUUACCAUUGUCAGUGUUAUUUCAAAGGUUUUGAAGAAUGGGGGGGCAGAUUAGAGUUUUAAAAUUUGAGUAUUUUGGAUAUCAGUGUUCCUCAUGAAGAUAUACUUGUAUAUUCAAUUUUAAUGGCUUUCAGAUUUGUAAGAUUGUAUGUUGUAUAUACCAUUCUAUUAAGAAAAAGAAACAUGUACACAUGUCCAGUGUGCUUUCAAACAUAGAUAAAGCAUGAUAAAGAUUAUUAUUUAAAAUAUACUUGUAUUUAUACCUCAGAUAAUCUUUUGGGUUUUGUACCUCAAGGCUUUUUUUUUUCCUAAAUGUAAAUACACUUUACAUGAAUACAGUCUAAGUGAAAAAAAAAAUAAAAGAAGAGGUUUAUAACUUGCCCUGUAUCUGUACAGAAUAUAAUCAAUAAGUGCACUAUUAAAAGUUUAAAGUAAGGGAAAAGUCUGGCCUGCUUUUCUUCAUAUUGCAUCUCACUCCCACCCUUAAAACCCCACAUAGCAAGGCAUAGCAUUCUAGCAUCAACUACAAUGAAAAGAUAGUUUGCUGAAGGAAAAAUGGGACUGAAAAUCAUUCCGAAGCCAAACUGCAUCUGAGCCACUCACUGACAAACAGGAAACCCUGGUGAAGGUUCAGGAAGCAUGGAGAUUCCCUCUGAACAAAGGUCAUUAGGAAACGAUGCUGAGAAAAUUACAAGAAUAAGCAACAGCAACAGAAAGAGGCUCAUAAGCAAAGCCAAGGUCACUGACUGGUUCCACAGAGGGUCUCUUUCCCACUGUUUGGCUUUCCUGUUGAAAGAAUUCCUUACAUAUUUGACAAGAGGAGAAUUCAAAGGAUGUGAACAUUUUCAAGAACUCUGUAAGUCACCUGAAGUGAUGUUGCCAGAACUUCCUGAUUGUGACUAAUUGCCUAGAUUGUAAGCUCUUUGAGGGCAGGGCUCUUCACAUCUUUAUAAUCCCCUACAGCAGCUUUCAGUGUUUUGUACUUGUAGGCACCUAAUAAAUUUAUUAUUUGCUAAGUGGAAUGGA